CUCGCGUGGGCAGAAAAUCCUGUAAACAUCGUGUUGAAGGCUGCGUUGGUCGGACUUCCACUCUCGGUUUUACCAAUUUUAUUAAUCACACGCAGCAUCCUUAAGCUGGUUGAGCAAGGUGGUUGUAGUCUGGAUAUUGGAGCUGUGCUCGUUCUAUCUCAGUUUAUCUAUGUCUACGUGCUUGGGGGAGUCGUAAUCACUCUGAUGUUUCAAGUAUCAAAAACAAUUGUGGCGUCAAUAACCGUUGUACUUAUUUGUAUCGUCAUCAAGAUGUGGGGCUGUGUCUCCAACCAUCCAAAUUGUUUGGUGGCCGUCAAUUCCAACUGUGUACAUCUCAAGAACUGCCAAAGUAUAGUUUCAGGUCAGAGCAUUGCAAAGGUGAACAAGGCCAAGCUUGCAGAAGGGAAGCUAGAGAUGGCCCCAAAGCAUUCUAUACAGGCCAAUUCAAUCAGGAACUCCCUUAACAUAUGCUUCGGGCUGUAUUUAGUAUUCUACAUUGGCUUCAUGCUUGUGUUGGUCAUCGUUGCUGAGAAAUGGUGGCAUGCGCUACUGGGUAUCGCCAUCAUGACACCAAUCCAUAUGUUGGGGCUCUACUUAACAUCUUAUCUGAGAGAUGGGCUCAUCAGGGUACAUACUAUGGGGAUUCCAAACAGUGAUGAUGAUCUUGGUUGCAAACUACUUGCACCCGGAAACAUGUAAUCCAGUGGGCGAAUGAAUGCCAAUCUUUUGCUGGAUUCUUCUGUGGUGCUCUUUAACUCUGUGCGUAUCCUCUGCCUGCAGUAGUUUAGGGCUGUAGAACGUAUUAUGUGUGACCUUGUAAACCGGGCAUUCACCUGGUGGCUAUUUGCAUCGUAUGUGCUGCACCUAUCCUAAAUUGACACUUGUAGCUUUCUUGAAAAUAUGCACUUGUUCUUGCUGUUGUAUUCUAGUAUCUUGUAUAUUGGCCAUAUCUUGUAUUUCCAUUA